AGUAAAUCAAAAUUUGUUGACUAAAUAUUUCAAAUAGUAAUAUAUCAGUUUAAGAAAACAUGGCAGUCGAAACAUUAUCAGGAAAGGUAUUUUUCUUGAUAACUGGUGCAAGUCGUGGAAUUGGAAAACAAAUUGCAGUGUCAUUUGGUUCAAUCUUAGAAGAUGGUUCUCAUGCUCUUUUGCUGGCAAAAAACUUGACCGCUUUGAAAGAAACUGCUAAAAAUAUUCCCAGUAAUAUAACAGUUGACACUGUGAGUGUUGAUCUGAGUAAAGCAACAGAGGAUGAACUACAUAAGAUUAUAAUGCAGUCUCUGAAGGAUAAAACACCGGAACAAUUCGAUCGAUUGGUUGUAGUACACAAUGUUGGUACAAUGGGAGACAUUUCUAAAACUACAAACGAUAUGAGUGAUUUAACCACAUGGCAUAAUUAUUAUGACUUAAAUGUUUUUAUUCCUGCUAUAUUGAAUGGAGUUGUAAUGAAAAUAUUUAACGAAAACACAAAUACUGAAAAAACGGUUGUAAACAUUACUUCGUUGUUUGCUAUAAAACCAACAAGAUAUACGGGUUAUUAUUGUACCGGAAAAGCAGCACGGGAGAUGUUCUUUAAGGUGUUUGCUUUAGAAAAUCCGCAAGUGAAUGUAUUAAAUUAUUCACCGGGUCCUGUUGAAACUGACAUGUUACAUGAAGUAUGCGAGCAACAUGCUGAUCAAGAAGUUAAGGCACACAUGAAUGAACUCGUAACUAAAAAAAUCGUUUUAACUUGCAAACAAACAGUUACCCGACUUUUAGAGAUUCUCAAAGAUCAUAAAUAUACGUCAGGUGAUCACGUCGACUAUUAUGACGAAUUAUAA